UAAAAGAGCUUAAAAACUUCUGCACAGCUAGAAUCAGUCUGGCACAAUUUACUGACACCAUGCUUGGCUUCAGUGAAGUUAAUCUUUUACUCCUGAUAUUUCUCCCAAAAACAGUUUACGGGAGUCAUAUCAUAAAUGGAGAAAAGGCCCCUGCAAACUCGAUGCAGUAUAUGGUCUCAGUCCAAAGCGCUGGGAAACAUAUGUGUGGAGGCUUUCUGAUCAGUGAGGACUUUGUGGUCACUGCUGCGCACUGCAGUAAUUCCAAACCUGAUGUGGUUGUCGUGGGAAGUCAUGAUCUCCAGAAUUCAAAUGUAGAGAAAAUAAAAAUUGAAAAACAAUGCAAACACCCAGAUUACCUGGAUGUAAAUUAUGGCGAUGACAUCAUGCUUCUCAAACUCUCAAGGAAAGUUUCUGUUAACAACAGAGUAAAGACCAUUCGCAUUGCAAGGCCUGGUUUUUUUUUACAUGACAAUCAAAUGUGUUCUGUCGCUGGAUGGGGUAAAACUGAAACCAGUGACAUCAGUAACGAUCUGAGAGUGGUCAAUGUGUCCAUCAUCAACAAAGACGUCUGCAAUAAGGAGUGGCAGUAUGGGCUUCCACCCAAUGUGAUCUGUGCUGGUGGAUAUAAUACAGAAAAAGGAUUCUGUCAGGGUGAUUCUGGUGGCCCUCUGGUGUGCAACGGGAUAGCUGUUGGGAUUGUGUCUUUCAACCAAAACUUUAACUGCGCCUACCCAAAUGUGCCGAAUGUUUAUAUUAAUAUCUCUAAAUAUUAUGGUUGGCUUAAUGAUGCUUUGAAGAAUAACAGUCGUUGCGGCCCAAACUUUUGGAAUGAAUCAUUCUUCAAGCUCAAAAGUGUGUGGGUGAAGGGAUUGUGCUUCUUAUUUAGAUCACCCUGGCUGCUUCUAGGCUUUAACUGAACUGCGCAGUAAAUAAAAAAACUCUUCAAGUUA